AUGUGCUUCGUCUUCAUUUGCAAGGAGUGCAUCAAGCUCCCACCGCCAGAAGGCGAUGCCUCUCAGCUUCUUCUCCAUGCAACGAUGUAUGAGAUCGCGGACAAGUACGAUGUCACCGGACUAAGGUAUUUAGCCCAAGAGAAGUUUUCUCGCUCAUGUGAGGCUUUCUGGAAGACCAAAGAGUUUGCUAUGGCAGCUGAGCAUGCCCUCACCACAACACCCGACAGUGACAUUGGCUUGAGACAAGUGCUGUAUCAAACGAUGACAACACACAUCGAGCUGCUCAACGAACCCGCCAUCAUAACUUUGCUUCACAAGUACCCUGGCUCUGCCUACGGUGUCCUCAGAUGCCAAGCUGAAAAGUUUGGACGCUUGGAGCCGAUGGUCAAGACUGCUGCCUGA